CAACACUAGUUGUCGAGAAAAUCGUUGCGAAGUGCCUGCUGCGACUACGUUCAUAAAAUUUCUCGCGUAUUUCCAAUUUUUUCUCGCAACGCAUACUAUAAGUCAUAGUUUUUCAAUCUCCUAAACUAUAUUCAUAUAAAUGGCAGACAAAAAAGUGACGCCACCGCUGGGCGCGUACCCGCAGCCACAGCCGCCACAGGGCCCGUUCCUGCCGGCACCGCCACACCAGGCUGCGCCACAAUAUGGAGUAGCUGGAGGUUCGCCGUAUGGCGUGACGUUCGGAGGUGCUGGGGCAGGCGCCGGUGGGGUGUACGCACCGCCUCCAUACGAGCAGCUCCAACAUCACCAGGCGAUACCGGCGCUUAGCCAGCAAUUACCGAUGUACAGCCCGGCUGCGGCGAUGUAUGCAGCUGCCGCCGGUUACCCGGGCUACAUUGGCUAUCCAGUGCAAUACUAUCCGUACUAUCCGGCUGUGCAGCCCUCGAUACAGCCACUGCGGCCUACCAUCAUGAUUCCUAAUGGUUUCGAAGCUGGCGGCAGAUUCGAGGGGCUCGCGCAGACGCUGCUACCUCCCGCGCCCCCCGGCGUACCCCCUUCACCCGCGCACCUUGCUGCCAUACAGCCCCACCAAGUGCUGUGGCGUUAAGAGGGCCGAAUGACCCACUGCCAGGCGAAGCCGACGACGACUACAUAGCGCGGUAACAUUGUUUAUCUGUGUCUUUACAACUAAAAACGGUUCCAUCAGCGUUAUACUUAUUUCAACCAAAUACUCGUUGAAACAUUUUAUGUUUGCAACUACACGGUAUCAUCCAACAAUAAUGUGUAAUAUUGACACUUUCCGUCAUCAAUAAAGGCAGGGCAAAUAUUAUUUCAUAGAGUAAAUAGGAUUAUUUAGAAUUACAGCAUAAUAAUAAUAUGAAAACCACAUACUAUAUACAUGUUAUUGUGAUACAAAAUUAGUCAAUAAUUUAGUUUUUGCUUCAUAAACUUACAUUACUGAAUCUAUUAGUAGUUACAGUAGUAUAUCAAUAAUCAAAUAAAUUUCAAAACGUAUAACUUUCGGAGCUUGUUUCUUUGUAAAGCGACACAGACAUUCGGCACAAAUGUAAAGUGAUAAUGAAAUUUUAAUGUAAAUACCGUCGAUGAAUGUCAAACAAUGAUAAAUGGAACGCGUCUAUGUGUGAGUCGUGUUGUCGGUGUUAUAUCAUCUUAGCCCGAUACAUGUAAUUAACUGUGAUGUUGAAGGCGUGCGCUCUGUUGUCCGCUGUAUUGUUUAUAUUAUAUUAUUUCUAAAAGUUACAAGUUAUUUUACUAAAGCAAAACUUGUAUUGGCAGUCUAUGAUUUUUAAAAUGUGAUCUCCUAUUUGCAAAGACUGUAUUUAAAUAUUGUAAAAUGAAAAUAUGUUCGUGAUAUAAAAUAAAAACACAUGAAAAGAUGCAAUAAUAUUUUCAAGAGAUUAUUUUUGUCGCAAAACAUCACAUUUGAUGAUAAGUAACAUUUAUAAGAAUUCCAAAUAUAUAUAUAAAAGUUUGACUAAUUGUUUCUAGGUGUAUGUAAUUCGUCAGCAGUGUUGCGCAUUUUUGUUGUAUAUCAGCCAAAGAUCUGUCGACUAUUUUAUGAACUUAUUACAUCAUUAGUUAUGGCAUAUUAUGCAACCACUAGUGAAGCUCUCUAUAUUAUUAUUUUAAAUAAAGGUUUAAUGCAAGUUAAAUUUAUUACUUCAAGUAAUAUAAUACACUGUUUAAAGAGGUUUAGAACCUUAUCAAAGAUAACAUACUAUGUUGUGAAUACGCGUGGGCGUUACUUUUAUAAAUACUGGUAAAGUUAAUAUUGUUUUUACGUCGAAUAACAAAACGAAUAGUUGAAGAUAAAAUAAUAUGAGUCGCUGUAAUAUAAAACGUUCUUUUACCCCAUAAUGGGGUAUUCCAAUUCUAUAAAUAUAUAUGGCUAUUAAAACAAUGUAUUUGUAUAAGAAAUACAGCAUUAUAAUGUCAGGGACCCCAGUGGUGUGGUAUGCAAGAUAAAUUUUAAAAAAUUAAGCUUGGUACUGUUGCAUGGUGUACGGCAGAGCGCACGCGAGCUACGCCCCUCGGCGUGUAUCUCAAUGCUAUAGUAUUAUAGUCGGUGGUUUGUGGCCGAAGCCACGUGUAAACUCUAGUAUAGAAUGUGGCGACGACUUGUGAUCUGCUCUUAAGGCCAUUAUUUCUGUAUAUUAUGAGGAAUUUAAGUUUUUCCAUAAUCAAUAUUCAAUAAUGCUUGUGUAUCACAAUUUAUGGGAUUAUUCAAAAUGUGUUAAAAAAAUAUUGAUUAUAAUAUAACUUAAAUAUGGAUUAAAUAUUACAAAGUUCAGUAUAUCUUUGGUAUGCUAUUGGUAUAGUUUGGAUUUAAAAUUUGUUGUUUAUUUUUUGACAUACAUUUUUAGUUGUAAGAUUUCUUUAGAUUUUGAUUUAGUACAUUUGAAUGCAUUUUGUUAGUUACAAAUUAUUGUAUAUAUUUUCAUUCAUAGGGGCUGGGUACAUUUUGUUUUCUUCCAAAAAUAUCGUAAAUGUCAUUCAAGGCAGUAUAUUCGUAAACUUUGUAUGAACUUUCCAGUGUACGAGUACAUCACAAGUCUUCGUCAACCAGUUAUUAAUAAUAAAAAAGAAAUAUAUUAAAAACAUGUGGUUGUGCGUGACACGUGCGUGCGUGCGAGCGGGAUGGGCGAUGUGUGUGAGCGAGAGCGAAUGUUUUGUUUCUAUUUGUUAUAUACGGCAAGUGUUGGAACGACACGGUUAAACAAGACAAUGCUGGGGCGCUACCAUAAUUAAUAUACACGCAAAAAUGACUUCUACUUUUGAAAUGAUAUAGUCUUACCUCGAUUAUCAAAGUAUGAAAGCAUUUGAUACUCGCAAAUAUGGGGUAAUUUUUUUUAAGCGUAUAUAUAUUAACUUUAUCUUUCUAUAUUAAAGUUUGAAAGAUAUGGCAUUAUGAUCUUAAAAUUCAUACAAUUAAAUUACAUGUUAAAUCAUCCGAGUAAAAAGAGAACAAUUCUUACGUUAAUACCGUCGUUUCCAUUGGCUGCGCCUCAUAAUUGCCGAAUAGAUCAAACAGGUGUUGGUGUUUUCAAAAGGUAAUCAAUACUAUGGCAGCGUUUAUGUGCGCGUAUUAUUAAAAUGCUUAUCUUAUUGGUUUAUUAUUGAUAAAAUUUAUUAAGUUCUUAUUGAUUGUAAUUCCAUGAUGAAAAUCAUGGCCGUUAAGAGGUUAUAAAUAAAAUAAUUCGUAAGUACAAAUAUUGUUUAAAAAUAUUAGAAAUACAAAGAUAGUCAGUAAACCGCGAAAUAAUAGUUUAGUUCGUAUAAUUGCGUUGCCGCAUAAGUGCUGCCAUAUCAAACGAAUCUUUUUUAACUUAGUUAAGACUUAUAAUCCAGUACGUCGUUGAGACAUGAUCUUUUUUUACAAUUGAAUGGCCUUUCUGUGCGAGGAAGGCUGCAUCAGAAUCUCACUUAGGUGUAUAAACUUCUUACACAGGGCAGUAUGUGUUUAGCUAAAUUUACAUACCGUACGUGCUGUCUGAUUGAAUAAAGUAAAAGCUUGAUAGUAUGGUAUAUUCCCCUUCUUACGUUAGUUGCAAUUUUCUUAAUACACUGGUAAAACAAGUAAAUUAUGUCUUAUCUCUUAUAUUGAAUCAACAAAAUAUAUUUACUAUAGUUGUUUCGUCUUCAAUGGCUUAGGACAUUGGCCAUCCACGAUUAAAAUUUAAAAGUCUGAUGAAUCUUGUCCUUUUUGAGCCAUUAAAAACCACGGGUUAUACCCACAUCGUGUACGGACCCGAGCCACGAAAUAUUUCGGCAAUGACUGGUUAUUUUACAACUAUAAGUAUACAUAUGUAUACUUAUAGUUCUUUUGUCUAUUGAUAUAUAUCAAUAGACAAAAGAAUCGUUUUGUGGAUUGAUAGAAUAAGUACUUGCUGCUUAUAACGUUCAUAUCUCAACAUUUGUAAUUUACAUAAAAUACACGUAAACGUGUUUCCAAUUAAAUGUAAACUAAUCAGUGCUAGUUUCUUAUAAACUUUCUUGAUCCAUAAAUCAGUUGCGAUUUAGUAUAUCAAAACAUACUAAAUUGAGAAUAUACAAUAUUUUAUAGAAUAUAAUGUUGUUCUGUUAUGGAAUAUUCAGUGAACUAACGGGUAUUACAUAUUUGAAUAUGUGCACGCGUUUUGUGCAAUCAGAGUACGAGAAAUAUUCGUACAUUGCCUACGAAUGUGAAACGCUCGAUAGUUAUACGGCGGGAUGGUGUCAUGGUAAUAAAACAUGUAACAUUGGGGUAAAUUCAUAUGUUCUCUAUAAAAAUCAUUUUUAUUGUGGAUGCCAAAAUUGAACUUACACUAAUUAAAAAAAAAAGAAAUUAUGCAAAAAAUAUAAUCUGAAGAUGACGAUACCCCAUGUGUGACACUGGCCAGCCGUCUCGAUGGAUUGUAGAUCUUUUUCUACUAGUUUGUAUUUUAUUCCUUUUUUAUUGUAUUUGAAUAUUUUUUGUUAAUGGAAUCAUGUUGUUGACUUGGCGGUUUGCAUGUGGAGUUAUGUAACAGUCGGUACACUACGGGCGUGUUCAGGUUGAAAAUUAUUGACUAUUACUUAGUUUGAACAGGUGUUCAUUCUAACAAAAUUACUUUACAAAUUUUUCUCCUUUAAUAUUUUGUAAGUCUGCACGACUCCUUAGAAGUAUAUAUUUUGAUUUGUUAUAGUUUAAUUCAACAUUUAAUAACAUAUUGAAGAACUUUUUACCGGAAUAAAUCGAUCGAAAACAUUCGACACUAGCAUUUAAUGUAUAAAGAAAUACAGUAUUAUUUUGUAAAUGAUGCCUUUAAUGAACAUGUCGAUCUGUUUUUGACGAUCACUUCUGUCGUGUUGUAAAGUCAUCAUUGAACUGAUAUCGUGGAUUUAUUAUAUUCUGAUACUCUAAAAGUAUCCUUUUAUUUGUUACUGUUGCUAUUUUAAUGACACAUGAUCUAUAAGUUAGAAUACUACAAAUGGUUGUUUAGCAAUGAAUGAAAAAUAUAUUUUCUAAACCAAAAUGAACACCUGAUCUAAAUAAUUUUCUUAACUUACGAGCAUUUUUAUUGUAAGUCUUAUUUUCUAGCCAUAAAUAGGUAAACUCAAAUCAUGUAAUAAUAUAAGUAAAAAACAGUUUGAGAAAAUUCCGACGUAAGCCCGAAAUAUUGUUUAGGCCUGGGUUUCAUAGGGGCCGCUCGGUCGAUGUGAAACACUUUUAUCUGCAAAAUAUUAUUUCCAUGACGUGUAAGUUAAAGAUGGAAUCGAUUGAUCAAUGUCCAAUAUACAAUAUUAUUACUUCAAUAAUUACUUUUUAGAAGAUACUUCUUUCUCUUUAUAAAAUUACGUUCAACCAUUUUGACAAAUGUUCACUGUUGUUUCGUUUAUAUAUGGAAUUGUUUAAUUAUUUCCUCUCUUACGAACCUGUAUUGUUUUGAGUCUAUCUGUAUUGUCAUAUUUCAACAUAUUGUAAUCGAACAUCAAGUUAUAACUUACACGCCAUGUGAAAUCCCACACUGCGCCCAAUUUACGCAAUCGUCGCUACGGCAGUUACAUGGAUGAAUAUCCUACGUCCACUUUGCCAUUUAUCUGAAUAUUGUACUAUGCAUUUACUGUAUCUGCCGUAGCGAUUAAACGUGUUCUUGGACUGUUUAUUUGAACAAUGUGGAUUAUAAUUCGUUCGUCUUAUAAAUAUUGAAAUUUGAAGUGUAACAGUAUAAGCUAAUUUGCAUAAGUGCAAAUGAUUAGUCUUAUAUUAAUAAGACUACGAGGUCCUACCUCUUAGUCAAGUUGUUUGGCGCCGGAUAUCAGUGUAGUCGCGCUCAUGUAUUUUAACUUAGCUGUGUCUCACUUUAACAUUUCAAACUUCACAUUGUACCGUCCAGAAAUACGGGAUUAGCGUAAGCGGGGCCAGUCAUAGCAUUGUAGACUAUAUUUCAAGUAAAUAAAGUCGCAAAUGCGAUGUACGCGAGUAAUGUAAGUGUAAGUGGGUUUUGCUCAAACGCGUGAGUGUGCAGACUUGAGUCACGUGCAAUAUUAUAGCAUAAUUAUUAUUUUGUUUCCAAUAAAAUUGUCAAAACCGAA